AUGGCAGCCCGGGGGCUCACGAUUGUGAUCAAAUUGGGGACGAGUUCAAUUGUCGACGAGAAAACACACGAGCCGAUCCUCUCAAUUCUAACGCUGAUUGUCGAGACGGUAGCACGAUUGCGCAAAGAUGGGCAUCGCGUGGUGCUGGUCUCGUCGGGCGCUGUUGGCGUUGGCUUGCGGAGGAUGGACUGGGACAAACGGCCAACCCACCUGCCCCGAAUACAGGCACUUGCUGCCGUUGGCCAGUGUCGGCUGAUGAGUCUCUGGGACAACUUGUUCUCACAUCUCCGAGUCCCAGUGGCUCAAAUUCUUUUAACGAGGAAUGACAUUGCAGACAGGACCCAAUACAUCAAUGCUCAGAAUACCUUUGAGCAAUUGUUUGACAUGGGUGUUGUUCCCAUUGUUAAUGAAAAUGAUACCCUUGCUGUUUCUGAAAUCAAAUUUGGCGAUAACGAUACCCUUUCAGCGAUUGCAGCGGCUACCGUCAAAGCCGACUACCUAUUUUUGAUGACCGAUGUCGACUGUCUGUACACAGCCAACCCGCGAACAAACCCAGACGCCGAGCCCAUCGAGGUGGUCUCCGAUAUCUCGCUGCUGGAGGCCGAUGUCUCGUCCGCUGGCUCAGCUCUCGGAACUGGUGGCAUGAGCACUAAAAUCGUGGCCGCAAAGCUUGGAACUAGUGCUGGCGUAACAACCAUCAUUACCAAGAGCUCCAAACCCGGAAACGUCCACGAUAUUGUCAAGUACCUCCAACGGCUUCAAGAGGCCCCCAACGGUGACCAGAUUUCCGAUAUCCCACGUCCUCCCUUGCAUACUCGGUUCCUCCCCUCGGAUACCCCGAUUCAAUCCGUCACCUUCUGGCUACUGCACGGCCUGACACCUCACGGUACUCUAUACAUCGACCAAGGCGCCUACGACGCGAUACUAAACCACAAGGCCAGUCUACUUCCCGCCGGUGUAGUCGGUGUCGAGGGACACUUCGCACAGCAAGAAGCCGUGCGACUGGUAGUCGCAGAAAGACCAUCGCCAGAUGCUUUGGAUGGCGACUUUAUCCACCACGCGCAGGAACCGCGGGAAGUGGGGCGCGCGCUGGUGAAUUAUGGUUCCAUGGAGAUCGCGCUCAUCAAGGGCCACCGAAGCACACAUAUCGAGUCCUUGCUCGGCUGGUCUGAAAGUGAGUACGUCGCCUUGCGGGAGAACAUUUCUUUCCACCCGGAAGAAAGCCACCCAGUGACACCAUGUCUUACUCCCGCGCUGGAGGAAUGGAAAUCGCCAAGGUCGCCGCCGAACGGGCGUUCAUAA